UCCUUGGUACCAGAGAUGCGUUAUACUCUGCAGGGGGAUGUCGGUUAUAUGGUCAGGCAGCACAGACGAUUUAAAUCGACCCUAAUUCCAGAUUUUCUCCACAUGGCCUGCGAGCUAGCAGAUGGGGCCGAUGGAAUACUCCAGGUUGUGCGGACGCGGCACAUCUUGAUCAAUGAGAUAAAGCCGAUGAAAAGUCUCAUGGCAGUGAGUCUUGUCUGGCAGAAGCUCCACAGUACUUUAACAGGACAAAUGGGCGACCAAGCCGAACACGCAUUUGCAGAAGAUAAAAAUUUGAAUGUAAUUGGAUGUAUCGCAGCUGUAGGACCAUACUGGUACUACGGGGAGAUAAAUCGACUAAACAUGUCGCCUUCUGAAGAUCCACGCAAUCCUACUUACUCUCCUAGUCAAGGCAACGAUGAGGUCGCCCGUGGCGAUAGCAACAACAGGAAAGAAGACCAUCGCAUGGCUGUCGAUGUGGACAGUAGUGAGCACGUCAGAGAGAAUAGUAACUCGGAUACGCCGGUGCAGAGAGGGUUGAAGCAACAACUACUGGAUAUUUUUUCAGCAGGUGCCCUUCACAUUUUGGACGGCGAUAGCCCUGGUGUUUUCGAAAUGGUCCUCCAGCGUAUUUUAGAACUUAACAAAGAUUUUUUCGACCAGACAGAAGACCCCGUUGAAGUACCACCAAUGCAAGAAUGCCUGGAGAUCCUGUGUGGAACCAUGGACAAAUGUCAACCUCAUCGCGUUUCGUACCAGCUAUUCAGUCAUAAUUUCCAUGAAAUUUAAGUGCACGCACUCAUCGCGCUCUAGCAAUCACAUUGAUUGACGAUAAACAGUAUUGAAGCUCUCGUAGCCACCAAAAGAAUGCGA